AUGCACAAUACUCGGAGAGAGACGAGCCAGCCCCUGAGCCGCGAGGAAGACACGGGCAGGACUCUUUCAGACAGGGUCUCAGAGACGUUGAAUCGGAUCUACGAGAAAAACACCGCGGCGAUCGUCACGCGUCUUAUUCGAGAGGACCCCUCUGACAAGAAGUGCUUGGAGAGGAAGGCUAUGGAGCUGGAGCAGUUCCUGUGUUCGCUAUCGCAAAAUGCAAGCGGGGAGAAGAAGCAGAUCAUGCCGCAAGAGUCCGGACUCAGCUGUAAUGGCCCAGGAUUUUCGUCGCGAGUACGAUGGCAUCACUACGGACGCUGCCCGCGUACACGUCCUACUAACAGCGCACAUAAAGUAUUUGCCAAACCCUUUUUCAAAUUUUGA